AUGUUAAGAACAUUAUUGCUAGUACUGAUAGUCCAAAUUGGGUCGGAGAUAGCAGGGCUGAACACACCAAUUCUUUCGGACUUGCAAGAAAUAAUAGGGCUGGCUCACGACAUCGGUGAUAUUGCUUCAGGAAACGUACCUCUUCUGGGACUGUUCAAGAAGACGAUUGAUCCAGUCCAAGUAAAGUUAGACGGGCUAUCGAAGCAAAUAGCAGAAUUGUCAGCCUCGUUUCACUUGAAAAUGGACCAGGCAUUGUCCCAAAUUCUUACCAACGUGCCCCGGGAAAUAGACUUCAGAGUAAGGAUAAACCAGCUGGGCACUUACAUGGCACGCAUCAGCUUUCUCUUCGACAUCUACCAAGAUGGCAUCAAAUCUAAUAGCGAAUACGACAAGUACAGUGUAGAACAAUUCGUAGAUUCAGCUACUUCUCUGCAUGAUGGUGACGUCAUCGAAACCCUCAAUCAAAUGCACAGGUUGGUCACAGGCAACCAGGAUGAUGACACCCUAUUGUCAGCACUUUUUCAUCGUUGA